AUGUGUUUCAGGCUCCGCGACGGCGUCGACACCCUGAACUCCCGGGCGAGCUCUCUGCUCGGGAAGGCGAGGAUCGCGCUGGAGUACGCGCUGUUCCAGAGCGGGCCGAUGAGCAUGGCGCCGUCGCAGCUGGGCGUCUUUGCGAGGAGCUCGGGCGACGUCCGGGCGCCGGACCUGCAGUGGCACGUGCAGCCCCUCUCCCUGGACAGCUGGGAGCAGCCCCUGCACCCGUGGCCCGCCCUACCGCCAGCGUCUGCCACCUCCGGCCCGCCAGCCGCGGCUCUGUGCGCCUCGCCAGCCCCGACGCGCGCGACCCGCCCCGCAUCGACCCGGGGGGUGCUGUCGCCUCUUGCUGCGCGCGCUGCCCGCGGGCCCGCCUCGGCGCCCCCAAGCGGGCAGCGCCCGAGCACCCCGACAGAGCGAGGGCCUCGGUUUGGGGUUUUGUUUUGCGCGCGGCUGGCUUGGCCGCGGGUGGCAGCACGGGCGGCGGCGCCCCCUUCGGCGCUCCGCGCCAGGGCGGUGGCUGCGCGUGCGCUGCGGAAGACGCGGGAGAUCGCCGGGCACCUGGACCCGGCGCUGGGCGCCCGCGAGCAUCUGCCCGGCGUGGAGGUUGAGUCGGACGAGGACCUGGCCCUGGCGGCGGGGCGGAUCGGCACGAGUAUCUUCCACCCCGCCGGCACCACCGCCAUGGGCCCCAGCGGAGAUCCAGGCGCCGUGCUCGACGGGCAGCUGCGCGUCCGGGACGGCCGGGGCGGCACCAUCGCCGGCCUGCGCGUGGCGGACUGCGGCAGCAUGCCGCGCCUGGUCUCGGGCAACACGAGCCUCCCGACGAUGGCCCUCGCGGAGAAGGCCGCGCGCACGAUCCUGGCGGGCGAGCGGUGA